AUGCUUUAUGGAAUAUUAUUGGAAAGUGUACGAGAUGGAAUAUGUCUUAGUUAUGGUAAUCAAAUAUGGAAAAAAAUUGUACAAGAACUUAAUUUUGAACAUGAAUCAUUUACAACACUCGGUCAAUAUGAUGAUAAUUUAAUUGAUAAAAUAGCAGAAUGUCUUGCUGAUAUACUGCACGAAGGAACACCUGAGUAUUAUAUGCAAUUUUUUGGUGAAUGUUUUGUUAGAUUUUUUACUAAUUAUGGUUAUGAUAAAAUUUUACGUGUUGCUGGAAGACAUUUUAGAGAUUUUCUUCAUUCAAUUGAUCAACUUCAUGAUUCAACUAAAUUUAGUUUUCCUCAAAUGAAAUCUCCAUUGUUUCAUGUUCUUGAAGAAGAUGUACACGGAGCUUUGCUUCAAUAUAAAUCUCGGCGUCGUGGCUUUCAACGAUAUAUAGUUGGUCAAUUGAAAGAAUGUGCAUCAAGAUUUUAUAACGAAGAUAUCUAUGUUCGAAUUCAAGAUGAUAUGUCAACCAAUGAAUGUACUCUUAUUAUAUUUCGAGUUGAUUUUAAUAAUUCAAUUGUAAAAGAAGCUUCAAAACGUUUACUCAAUAUUCGAAAUUUACCGGAUAUAACAAGUGAAACAUUUUUUAAAGUCUUUCCAUUUUGUCUUAUGAUCGAUCCAACAAUGUGUAUAUCUCAUAUGGGAAAAUCAAUUAAAAAUCUUUUCCCCGUUGAUACCAUUCUAAUUGGUCGUGAUCUUCAUGAGGUUUUUAAACUUAUUCGACCAGAUAUUGCACUUGAAUGGAAUAAGGUGAUUAGUUAUGGUCGUCAUAUUGUUUUUUUAAUGGAAAGUCGAAUACCACUUCGACCUAAUCAAAUGAAUCAAUUAGUUGAAAAUUCAACAAUAGAAAAGUCUAAAACAAUAACAGCAGUUUCAGUUAUUCGAUUGAAAGGGCAAAUGAAAUGGAUUAGUAGUUGGAAUGUGAUCGUUUUUUUAUGCCAUCCAGUAUUAUCAACAACUGAAGAGAUGAUGAAUAUCGGGUUAACACUUCAUGAUUUAAAUUUUUAUGAUGGAAGUAGCGAAAUUCUUAUAUCAGGAAUGCAGCAUACAAAACAAUUACAAGCAGCCAUUGAAAAACAACAUGCAUGGAUUUCGCAAUUACAAGCAAUUAAAAUUGAAUUACAAGAAUGGCGCCGAAAAGGAAAACGUCUUCUAUACUCAAUGAUGCCACGUCACAUAGCUCAAAUGCUUCAACAAGGAGUUGUAGCUAAUUCAAUUUGCGAAUCGCAUAAAUUAAUAACAGUAUUAUUUUGCUAUACAUUAGAUUUUAAAGAUGUUAUACAAAAAUUAACUCCAACAGAAAUUGUUCAAUUUAUUAAUCAAAUGGUUAUUAUUUUUGAUCAAUGUUCGGAAAAAUAUGAUGUUUUUAAAGUUGAAACAAAAGCUGAUUCAUCUUAUAUGAUUGUAUCCGGUAUUCAAGAACGAUCUCAACAAAGACGAAUAUCAAAUGUGUCAGGAUCAAGUGCAAGAAGUUCCAUGGGUGACGAUAGUUUAGAUGAAGGAAUUACUAGUGUUAAAAAUCCACUUGGUUUAAAUCAAGCAGAAAUUGCUGCUGGACUUGCUCUUGAACUUUCAAAACAAUCAAAAAAAUUAAUUAAUGAAAUAAGCAAAAUAUCAUUUAAGAUUAAAAUCGGUUUUCAUUCAGGUCCAGCAGUUGGAGGAAUUGUUGGACAUAAAAAUUAUCAAUAUUGUCUUUUUGGUGAUACUGUUAAUACGGCAAGUCGAGUAACAACAUCAAGUGAUGUGGAUCGUAUUCAUUUAAGUGCAGCAUCUUGGCAAUUAUUGAAAGAUUCUCCUUAUUUUGAAAUAAGUCCUCGAGGAAAAAUUCAAAUAAAGGGUAAAGGUGAAAUGCAAACAUAUUGGUUGAAUGGAGCUAAAGAAGCUUAUAUUGAACAUACAAAUAUAUUAGAAACAACAACUGAAAUUGUUGAUAAUGAUAUUUUAUCGAAUUAUCAUCCAACAAUGUAUGAAAUAAAUGAUACAAAAAAAUCGAUUCCAAAUGUAAUUAAUAAAUUAACCCCGCCAUCUGAUCAAUGUCCUUUUCGUGAACUUAAAACAACUGGUUUUAUUUAA